AUGCACCAGGUGCCACAUAGAACGGAACGCGGCGGCACCUCGAGCGAAGGCCGAAACGAUAGGAAUUCUUGGAAGAAACAGCAGCAGCAGCAGCUCUCCGAGUAUAGUCACAACCGAGUGCUGCAGCCGCAGCAGCCGUCUCGAUCUUGCAUCCGCGCCCGAGCACGCCGAUCGUCCAAAACCUCGGGCGAGAGCGCCGAUCGGACGACGGCGACACGGCGGCAAGACGCCGGGCCCGACGUGGUGGUCCGCGAGUCUCUGCCGCUGCACUAUCUGGGUCCGGCGCGCACUGUCUACGGCAGCGCCGCGCCGUUUCUCCCGUCCAAUUUGUUGCUCAUAGGACUGGUCCUUUGUUGUCUGGCCCUACCGGCGGUACAACCGCGCCUCAGCGGCCACUACCAAACGUGUCCGGGUUGCCCGCAUCAGCAGCCGCAGCAUCAACAUCAUCAUCAUCAUCAUCACAUGCAUCACGACGGCUCGGCGAGGAGCAGUUUCUUCAAGGACACUGCUGUGCCUAGUCCGGAUGAUCUCAGGUUGGAGGCCAUCAAGCACCAGAUCCUGCAGAAGCUAGGUUUGAGGACUCGCCCGGACGUUAACAGGACGUUGGCCACCGUGCCCCGGCUCCUGGCCCUGGAGACCCUUUCCCGGGCGGAGGCGCAAAUGCCGCCGCGCUACUCCGACCGGUCAAGGGUCGAUUACGAGAGUGAUUACUCGGGCGAGUUCCUUUACGGCGGCGACGAGUAUUCGUAUAGGAAUCUCGAUCAGGAGACCACCACUACCGAGGGUAACGCCAGGACCACCGCGAGGUCCUAUCAGGGCUACGACAACGUUCAGGAGAUGGACGAUUUCUACGCUAGGACUUCGGAGAUCAUCACCUUUGCCGAGCCCGGGCACACGUUAAACGGCCAGCCAUUGUUGGAAUUCCCGAUGUCGAGCGGCGAACCGGCAUUGGAACCUUUAAGAAUCAAAAGGGCCACCCUGUGGACGAGAGUUGAGCUCAAACACGCUCAUCGCUAUCAGCAUCAUCGUCACAAUCAAAUCAACCAAAGAAACAUUACUCUCUGGGUGUUUAAAGUACAUUGCGGUAACACGACGCAUCUUCGAGGCAAGGAGCUUGGUCAACAUCUGGAGAUGGUAACAUCUCUCGUAGUGAACGUCGGCCAACUCGGCUGGCAGAAAUUCGACGUGACGAAGGUCGUCAGCAGAUGGUAUACGAACUACUCGAAGGAUAAGCUGACGUUGCUCGUCGAUUGCAGCGGAUGCGGCUCGCACGUCCACGUAUCGACCUUCGACGGGUAUUCGCCGCACGUGAUCGAGUCGUCUCUAAAUUCGAAAGAUCCGGAUAGGCCAUUUCUAGUUAUGCGUACGGAUCCGGCAGCUAUGAAGCGCGUGAGAAGACGAGCGAUCGAAUGUAACGAUACAGUAAAAGGCCAAUGUUGCAAGCAACGGUUCUACGUGAACUUCUCUCAGCUGGGAUGGGAUGACUGGAUCAUUGCUCCUGCAGGAUAUUACGCGAAUUACUGCAAAGGAGACUGCGCGGCCGGUCACAGGACGCCGGAUACGUUUCUCAAUUACUACACCCACGUAAUCGAGGAGUAUCGGAAGAUGGACCGAUUGGCCGGCAUGCAACCGUGCUGCGCGCCGCUCAAGUUCUCGCCCAUGUCGCUCAUCUAUUACGGCCCGGAUUCGAAUAUCAUCAAGAGAGACCUGCCGAAGAUGGUGGUGGACGAGUGCGGAUGUCCUUAGACCGAGCAAGAGCGCGGGAUGUAAAAAGGCUCGUAAGAAAGAUUAUCGUGCCGUUUGGCGGUAAAAGUAAACUGCGAGCCCGGACCCGAUCCGGCAAAUCGGUCCAGAAACCGUCCGAAUUUUGCGAUUUGGUAAGAUUUUCAGCGUUCGAAAACCGGCGAGCAGGAAAUUGAUCGAGCGCUGCGCGAACGAUAGUCAAGUAUACGUGGCGUUUGAACAAGGCCCAUGGGAGAUGCGGUUUUCUGAAAACGCGAUCUCCCGAGGGUAUAAACCGAGGGUAUGCGAAGAUAGUCAAAAGGACUAGAUAAUUUUGCUAGAUUUACACGCCACGCCGACUGCGAUUGCAUUCCGGAUGCGAUUCGCGCGCGUGGCGAUAAAAUAAAAUUGGCCUUUCUAAGGUUCGAGUACAUAGAGUAGA